CUACACACGCUACAGAUUACACGGCAGACUCCAGCUAGGUGUACUUGAUGCACACACAACAACAACAACCAAAAUGCGCUGAACUCCAUGCUAUUGAUUACUGUGCCGUAGUAACGACUUCUCUGUACUGGCACGUUUUCGUGGGUUCGUCGAAACCUGCGGACGGUGUUGUUCGACUGGACGAAGCUCCGGAGGUCGACGUGGUCGAAGCGUGACGGUAGUUUCACCUCCGGUGGGCUUAGCUAAGCUUCUAAGAAGUGAGCUGAGAGCCAGCCUUACCGACCGUAACAGAUUCCUAGGCGGCGAAUGGUCGUCGCUUGGCUGGCCGCUGUGCCAGGACGUCGUGAGAACCAUGAAGGUGUGGCGUGUGGUGAAUUCGCUAGUCCUGUCCGCUGUGUUCCGCUUGAUCUAUCUCAGCCAACUUGAUGCGGACGAUCGCGUGGAACUGCGGCAAGCCCAAAUAGCUUUCACGGAUCGCUACUCACAGUCAGCCGCCAAUAGAAGACUAACACCGCACGUGGAAGAAGGUCUGGUCGACGGCGGCGGAGAUCUUCUCUAUUCACGGAAUGGAGUCCGGGUCAGGCAGACCUCACAUAGGCCAACCAGGGACACCUCAAUCAACCGACCCCGACGUGGCGACAAGACAAGGAGCAGUGGCCGUGCCUGGAUGGCGUUACAUCCGGAAGGCGGCGUUCACGCGCUGUCCAGGCCCCGUCGCUCGGCAGCCGAUGCUGCUGGUAGAUCUACUGCGCGGCACGAGCGAGGAACCCAUGAGCACGACGUGUCCGGUCCAGAGAAGGCAGUCAGGCGGAAGCGGCACGACGACGGCGAACAUUGUGCUAGAGUUAUAUCACCGACGUCUAUACACUGCGCGCUGGGCAGACCAGGAGGUGUGCAGCUCAGGUUUGGAAGCUCGUUGGACGGCUCCCGACAGGUGGGCCGGAACAUGACGUUCGGCGAGACUUCAUUCCUAGACCUGGAGCUCGUCGGCACGGAGAAGUACUUCAUCAUCAACGGCAAUGACGUGCUGGAAGGUCUGGUUGGUGACGAGGAAGAGUUACUGCCGUGCGAAAGUCAGACGUUCAUAGUGGUGGAAGCGGAUCACCUGGGCAGGCUGACGGCCGAGUUCUUUGUGUUCUACGCACAGCCCGUGGGUGCUGGAUACUCGGCGGUGUUCAUUUACAACGGGCUGGAGGGCAUAGACUGUUCAGUUAACGGUGUAGACGUGAUAGGCUAUGAUCCAGAGUUGGUUGAUCAUGAGCCUCACCGGAGCUCUGUGUGGAGGAUAGGUAGGAAUCUGACUCGCUCCAGCCUGACCAGCGUGCAGUUCCCAGUUGGAGAUUUUGAGUUCAAGACGGUACUGCACGGCGCAGUGGGAAGCCAGUGUGAUUUCCAGCUGGCCCCGUCCAUCACAGCCCAGAACUUAUUCCAGUCGGGCGAAUCCAUGCAGUACUUUGUGACCAUAGCGGGAAAGGUUGGCGGAGAACAUUUCUCGCCGCAGCUCUUAUGGUGCCCGAGCAAACGUCUGCCGGUUUGGCCCGCAGGGCGCCAUAACAGCCAGCUUGUUAUCAUCAAUGCCUACCGAAGCAAGGAGAAAACAUCCAUCUACAUGCCUUUCAACAACGUAACGCUUAGCUUUGAUUACACGGCAGUAGCUUCAAGGACCGUGGCGCUCAGACAAGGUGACUGCGUGCAAAUCACCAACGGCAACAGGACAUUUCGUAAUAUCAUCCACCCAGACCCGAUCACAAGUUACAGCACUUGCAUUGCUGUGCCGGAGGCGGAUAUCUACGGCAAUAUCAGUUGCUAUCUGCACUGUCACAGUGGCGAGGCCAUACUGUCACCACCUGGCCUCGCCGAGGUGUUUAUCUACAACUCUCUCAUCCUGGGCAGCGAUGCUGUUGUCGAUGUCAUUGCCUAUGGUCAUCAUGCCACCGAAAGGACGUUGCUGUCAGUUUUGAAGAAUGUGCGGCAUGGCGACGGCCAGUCGGUCUUGCUGCCUGUUGGCAUGUACGAAUUCAAGGUGGUCUACAAGGAUACGAUUCGUACGGUCGACGAUUUUCACAAUGCGCCCACCCUUGUCAACAUCAGCCAGGUCUUCUUCUUAUCUCAGAUGAACUACUAUGCGUGUCUCAUGGGCAGCAUCCUGGAACCCGAUUACCCACCCGUCAUGGUCAUCAGCCCGCGAACGACGCUUGCCGACUUCGGCACAACGCAAGCAGUGGCAGUGACGGGUGGAGUACGGAGAAGUCAAGCCGCUGCACUGCACGCGAGCGCUGGCAUACUGGUAGCUGUGACAGCAUCCCUGCUCCUGACCGCAGUAUUAGUCAGCUAACGUAUAACCCUCUGCCAACUAUCUUGAGUUUCCUGAUGACUGCAGUGUGCUGGGCCGCACCAGGAGAUGGGGAUGAGCAUACUAAUCAUCACGAAUGAUGGGUGAAUAAUCGGGAGAUCGAUGUUGGAGAUCGCGUCCCAGUUUCUUCAAGACAACGCGCUGAAUGGGUAGUCUGUAACACACGGCACGGUCCUGCGCUCCCCCGUCAGUAGUCACUGAGUAUGACAAGAGGAUUGUUCUAUAGAUCUCACCGUGCUCACUGCUGCUUGCUUAUGUAGCUACCUGUACCUCCAAAUUGAUGAAAGCUGAACUUGAGAAACAAGCCGGAUUUGUCGCGAGCUUUUCCGCUUCACGUAACAUUGUACGUACAUGAUUUGAUAUCUACAUCUGCACCAUACAAUACACUCUAGGGAGUCGUAAAAUACCGGUAUUUUACGACUCCCCGGUACACUCUAUCUUACGCUGUAGAUCCAAGAAAGCUUGAUACCUCUAUACCGGCAGUCAUUUUCAGCCUCUACUGCCGCAUGCAUGCGAUUUUUUCCAUUGCCGAAUCUGGUGUCGGCUGUGCAGUGUUCACCGGUCCCUAUGAUGGGCAAACUGCUAGCUAAACGCUAUUGCUGCUGCUACUAUAGGGUGCUGGAACACACUUCAAAGUGGUGUUGAUGAUCACCUAUUCGGACUGUUGUUGCAAUCGUCACACCGCACGCAGCGAGCAGUCACAGACAAAUUUCUUCUUGUAAAGCAAGACGACCAGCUCUACAGUACAAGCAACAGAAUACAACAUUUUAGAUAUC